AAUAGAAAUGUUUGGAUAGGUGGUGCAUAAAUUCCAAAGAAACCAGAAUCAUCUGUUAAGCAAAUUCCUAAGAGCUGGAAAUAGGUAAUUAAUUAAUAGAAAUGUAGAUCAAAUCCAUUUGAGAAUACAUUGACAAUUCUUGAAGACCCUGCUCAUCAUAGAAAACUAUAUCUUAUUGGAUCAACACAUGCUUCAACUAUGUUAGCCUACAGAACAUAAAAAUUGAUAAAUGAAGUCAAACCUGAUAGUGUGUAUGUGUAAACCAAUGAAGAAUGGUGGAAUUUAAUAAAAAAUAUUGAUGGAAUUACAUCUCAAUCAGAAUUGAAUGUCUAUAAUGAUGUAUUAAGAGGAGCUUAUUAAUGGGAAUUGGAAUCUGGAGUUAGAAAUUUCAGAAAUACAGUCUUCUGGGCAAGACUUUACUCUUGGUUAGGUUUAAUGUAAUUUUUGAAAGGUAAAUAAUAUCUAUUAAUAUAUAAUUUUAGCAUUCAACAGUGAUUUCCAUCCAUUCAUUCCAGGAUUAGAAAUGAAAUAUGCUAUUGAAUAAGCACAAGCCCAAGGUGCUAAUGUUAUCUUUGGUGGUUUAGCUAUCUCUAAUGCUGACCUCUUAUCAUUGAAAGUACUUUUAUGAUUUAAUAUUAUUGUAUAGACUGAACCAAGGUUUGAUCCACUUAGUGUUUCAUUGAAUUUUAUUAAAUUACUUAGUCAAGUAAGAUGGAGAAGAGAAAGAUAAGAUUUAGCCUUUUAAUUAGCAGUUCUUGGUGGAGAAUAAUUUGCUGAAUCUAUUGAUAAAUAUAGAGCUUCUUGGUUUGUUAAAUUAUUUGAGAAAUUGAGUCCUCAUUAGAAAAAAAUCUUGGUUGAUAGAAAAGAUAUUGAAAUUUUUGAAACUUUAUAUAAACAUACUCCAGGGAAAAAUAUAGUAGCAGUUGUUAAUUAAUGGCACACUAUGGGAAUUGAAGCUCAUUGGAGACAUACUACUAAGACAUAAAUAAAUACUGAACCAAUAAAUCCUAUUGGAGAUAUGGAUUUAGAAGCUUUAAAUGAAGAUUUGGUAGUGAAUGAUUACUUAAGAUAAUUCACUUCAAGAGUUACUAAAAGUGAACCAGCAUCAACAAGAGCUUAUAUCACUUAAUAUUAUAAGGAUGUAUUUGAAUAUGAAAGAUGUAAUAUUUAUGAAUUAAUUAUUAUAGUCAGACAUGUUGAAUUCGAGGGUCAUAGUGAUCCUCAUUAAUUCCAUGGAGGUAGUCCAUUUGAAGGAGGUUAUUAACAUCAUCAUCCAUAAUUACCAGCUGAUGUAAGAAAAUAAAUUGAAGAAAAUUGGAAGAAAUAAUAUGCCCAUCAUCAUGAACAUCAUUGAAAUAUUAUUCAUAAAUAAAAUAAAACCA